AUGGUCGCCAGAGCGUGGACGCAGUUGAUGGCGGCGAAGGAGCCCAACUCUCAGGCGCUGCAGGGACCGGAGACCGAGCACGUGCAGAGAGACAACCAGCAGCAGGAGCAUCCACACUCAGCCGUGGCCUCAGCAGCGCCACAGUGCUGGGAGUGGGACUCGUGGGAUGCUGACUGGUCUUGGGGCUUGACUUGGGAUUCGGACUGGUGGGGUGGCACUGGAAAGGACUGGUCAGCAUGGGCGGACAGUUACUCCUACGAGCACCUUCGACGUGGCAUGGCCUCGAGCACCUUGAGCUCUACACGGCCAGUAUCAACUCCUGGGCGGUUCGCACGGCAUACAAGCCCGCAACGCGGGCCGGAAGGGCAUCAGAGACGUUUCCCAUUGAUCUCCAGACGAAUUUCAGGUCGAUGAGGCACACCUUCGACGUGUAGAACGGUCUGGAGCUGGUUCUGAGGCACCUUCGACUCCUGGCAGGAGAGCGCCCAGGCGAUCAAGACCGACGUGCUCACAACGAAACUCUCUUCGACUAUGCUACGAGGCGAGGAGAAUCGCUGACCGACUAUGUGAUCAGGUGCGACAGCCAGAGACAUACAUAAUCAGCGGUGAGGUUCGGCUUAACGCUUGCAGACAUUGUCAAGGCCAGGUAGAGGCAGGAGCUGGACUGUCGUUUCAGGCGCGUCUGAAUCUUCGCACUCUCUUGGGAGGCCGAACGGAUCUUGCGUCGGUUCGGGGUGCUCUUCUCGAAAGGGACAGUACCGAGAAGGAGACUCUACCAUCAGCUAUCUCCAGGAAUCACCACUCCAACACGUAUGCCGCAGUAUCUCAGCAUGAUCAGGAUCAGGACGAGAGUCACGUUUGUGCCAGGUCAGAGUGCUUCGGUCUCUUCGAGAUGAUUUCGAAUGAAGAGGAAGUGACCACGCUUCUCAAUGCACUGGAUAAGCAGGAUUUGGGUGAGGAUAACAUGGUCGAUAUCUAUAUAUGCUAAGAUGACCCUUCCACAGCACAAGAGAACGUGGACAUAGUCGCGCCAGCUCAAGACAGCUCGGACGGUUGACCGAGAUUGCUUGGACAGGAAGAAGGCUGCUACUUCCUAGGUCACCAGACUGGACCUCAGAAAGCGAACACGCUGUUCAAACUGUGUGGAAAAUGGCCAUUGGCGCGAGGACUGCAGGUGACCCUUCAGGAGCAAGGCAGACCGUAUCAAGGCCGAAUCAGCUGCGACAGGAGACCAGACUCCUCGCGGACCUCCCCGACCUGCUGGUGCCGGCAAGCCCUCCUUCUACUUCGACCUUUCGGGUGGGCUGCACGCGCAGUCCAGAGCUCCUGGGUGGUUGCUAUCGGCGGCGAGGGCGGCCGGGUGGAUCUCACGAUCGGCAAGUUCGGCGGCGACGGCCAGGCGGGCAGCUUGACGAAUUCCUGUGGCGGCGUUCUCGACGUCCGCGACAGGGGCGGG